GACACGCAAUACUAACCGCUUACAUAUCAUCAUCUUCAUCCAGUGGAGGACAAAGACACAGAAAUGGGUCACAUGAGCGACUGAUCCACGCACACAACGCACACAGAUCUAAUGGUCUGUAGGAUCCUCUCGUCCUGGCUGUAUCCUUUAAACUCCAGAGCCAUGUCCAGCAUUCCAGGUCAGUCAGGAUUCAUGUGGAUGAUCCUGCUGCUCACUUGUGUCCUGCCACACAUCUGCAGCAUGAUGUCAGAGUCUGACAAAGAGACGUGUUAUUCCCAGCAACAUCGAAGUGUCACUGUGAACAUACACUUGGCAGUAACAAAGGGAACUAUCAUGAGUCCCAGAGAGAAGCCAUCAGAGAAAGAUUGCAUUUUGACCUGCUGCUCAGAAGAUGUGAACCCAGGUGUGAAAUGCAACCGGGUUGUUUAUAAGCCACCAGAAGAGUCUAGCAGUGAAAACUGUUACCUGUUCUUCUGUCCAAGUGAGCAGGACUGUCCUCUUAUGACAGCCGAACUUGGAGUCAACACCUACAACAUUUUCAAGGGCGUGACUUAUCCAACAACUAAAGUUAUAGGAAGAGCAGCAGCCAAACCUUCAACUAAUCUAAACCCAAAACUGAACACAACAACAUCAACCACAAAACCACCACCAACAACAAUGAUCAAAACACCAGUUGCAACUACAACAAAACCAACAAUCACAAAACUACCUAUAACAACAACAACAUCUGCUACACCAUCACUUGGCCCCACCACAGAAGCCUCAGAGUCCCCAACAGAAGGGCCAACUGAGCUACUUAAAACUGCAUCUAUGACCGGCGCUACAGUUGCUACGACGACAACAACUACCACACAGUCCACAACUACAACCACUACACAGCCUACUAUGAAAAAAGAAAACAAAAGCACCACAACUAAAGCGUGUCCACCUGCACGGCCCGCUGCCAAACCCAGCAGACCCAGAAAACCCAGCACAUCUUUGAGGGGACCAGAAACCCAUUCAGUAAAACCUACCAAAGCCAAAACAGCCACGACCCACCCGAUCACCAGCACUGCACCAUCAACUACAGCUCCAACCACAACAUCCAUGGCAGCACCUCAGACCAGCGCAGGAACUACUGUAGAAAUCGAUUCAAAGGAGCGAGCUCUCAAACUGGACCCUCUGUUGCCUCCUGUGCUGGGAUCUGCUCCAGUAAAGCCCAGGUUCUCACGGACAAUAUGGAAAAACAGCCUGGUGGCCGUUGUGGUGAUCACAUUAAUCUUUCUCCUUCUCAUUUUGGCUUUGGUGGCUCGUAAAGCUAUGGAGUCCUUCGACCGACGUCACUACACGAGACUGGAACUCAAUGACCUUCAUUACGAAGUUUAACUCAUAAUGAUGACGAUUGGACAAAGAAACAAUUCAGUCCAAAAUUAAAAAUGGGGGAACUUACUUUUCUAUCUAUUUUUAGUAUUUGAUUCUCACAAUCAGAAAUUGUAAAUGUUUCUCUGUGAAGCUGAAUAAAAAUAAAUAAAUAAACUGACACAAAAAUAAGAAGCAAUACACUAAACUCAGGAAUCCUUAAAGUGUGAAACUUAGGGGUGAAAUCUUGAACAGCAUCAUUACUGUAAGCCUCAUAUUUUGUUUCUGUGACCUUCUUUCAUGAUGCUUAACCAGAAACAUUUUGUCAGUACAAGGAUCUUAUAUUGGUUUAAGUGGGAAAAAGGACAUUCGGAUAUAAACAUCAUUAUAAUUAUCUUGUGUUGAAAUUAUCCUUUGUAACUGUGGGUUCACACCAGCCGCGGAAGAGGCGGCAAAAACGCGCUAUUCGCGCGUAGUUGGAUGCUUGAACAUUUGAGUUCACUUGCUUCAUUCUCGCAUGAAAGCCGCGGGUGAAAUUCUAGUCAUUCGAGAAAUUCACGCGGAAAUCCGCGUCAUGGGAGGGGCUUCUGCGACUCCGAGGAGACUACACCAUAGAUAUGUAUAUAAAGGCUAGAUGGCUCAAGGCGGAGUCAGCUGUGUCGUCACUUGGCGGCCAUCUUAGGUCAGUGCUGCCAUAGUGCUGCUCCCUGCUGCUGUGGACGGAAGGUGAGUGACAUACGCCAACUAAAAUGCUCGUAACUUGCUGAAUUCUUGACGGAUUUAUAAACGGUUUGGUUUUUUACAAACUUUAUUAACGUGGCUAUAAUUCUGGAUGCUUUAACAUGUUUCAUGAAUUUUUUAUUUAUUUUUAGUAUACGUAUUCAGUGUCAUAGGUACAUCUUUGACGUUUAUAACAAACCAAUCCGUUUGAAAAUCGGUAAAAAAUUAAGCAAGUUAUGGUCAUUUAAAAGUACCUGCAUCAUUAAAACUCAAUGCUACGAGUGAGCGAGCGCCCUGUCCUAAGAUGGCCGCCAAAAUGCGGACGUUGCACUCAAUUGGCCAGCAGCGCGGACGAGCCAUCUAGCCUUUAUAUACAUAUCUAUGGACUACACCACUCCGCUCGCUUCCUGUAAUCACGUCACUACUACAGCAAGCUCCUGAUUGGUUAACGCGGCGCGGAAUUCAAAAUGACAUAAAACCGCGCCGCAGGAUGCCUAAUCGUGUGUUUGCAUUGACUUAACAUGUAAAUCAUCCGCGCUUGCCGCCUCUUCCGCGGCUGGUGUGAAUGCACAGUUAACAUGUAAAUCAUCCGCGCUUGCCGCCUCUUCCGCGGCUGGUGUGAAUGCACAGUAAGCGUCUCUCUCUGAUUCUCAGAAGUUCAGCACUAAAAUAUGAAGUGUUUUGUUUUCACACAGGCUAUAAUUUAAUGUGUACCACUGCUGAUGUGGGUGUUUAUUUUACUGUGUUUUCUUCUUGCACAAUGUCAAAUUCAUUUUACUGGACAGUUAUAUUUCAAUUGACAAAAUUAUCAUGAGCUUUUUUAACUUUCAAUACUUGUAACUGUAUGAGUGGUGCAACAUUUGUAAUUUAGGCAGAAAUUUUCAAGGUUUUUGUCCUCUAAUGUAUGCGUUUUAUAGUGGAGGCGGUCUGAUAUCGAUCAAUCACUGAUCAAACGCAUGAACGAUCUUUAUCUAUUAUGCUGCUUCCCUUUUUUUUUAAACAUGUUAUUGUAUAUGUUAUAAGUUUUUGGUGAGUGUUGGCUUUUACAGACAAUUUGACAUUGAUGUAAUUAUUUCUCUAGUAAGAAAUAAAAGAAAGUAUUUUAAAUGUAAUGAUUUGUCACAUCU